AUGGCGGACUUAUCCUUUUGCCCGAAGAAAAGAAAGUUGUCAAAGAAAGAAAGAAAAAUGAUGUACAAGAAAGGAAAGAAAAGCGCAAAAACACAGGGCAUAGGUGUGAUGUCUCGUCAACGAUUUACACUGCCAUCUUUGUGGAAAAGUGAAAGACAGCAAAGGGAGACGUGCAAAGUUGUUGAUUACUAUUCACCUGGAAAAACGAAGUAUAGAACACAGGGUGCUGUAAGAGAACAGCUUCGUUGUAGGAAUAUGAAUAUGUGCUUUGACGAAAUCGAAGAAACAUCGUCACAGACUUCGGGUGACAGUAGCGACGAAUACCAACCGCACAAUGAGUCUGGGGGAUCAACCUUAGUAUCUAAUAAGGGUAUGGAAGUUGAACGGCUCUUGGCGGUGUGCAAGUCUACACAAAUAACCAAACUUGUGGAUGACAUCAACAUGACUUCUCGAUGCUCUAGCAAUGGAUGCAAUGGUAUGUUUAAUUGA